GCCCUCCGCCGCACACGGGCCCCGCCGCCACCGCCGAGACCGGCCCCGGCAUCCGAGCCCCAGGUGAUGGUGUAGCAGCGGCUGCUCCCGGCAGCAGCACCCCGAGCACGCAAAGCUGGCUCCCUGCGCCAUGGUCACCCACAGCAAGUUCCCCGCCGCCGGGAUGAGCCGACCCCUCGACACCAGCCUGCGCCUCAAGACGUUCAGCUCCAAGAGCGAGUACCAGCUGGUGGUGAACACCGUGCGCAAGCUGCAGGAGAGCGGCUUCUACUGGAGCACGGUGACGGGAGGCGAGGCCAACCUGCUGCUGAGCACUGAGCCUGCCGGCACCUUCCUCAUCAGGGACAGCUCAGACCAGAGGCACUUCUUCACCCUCAGCGUCAAGACAGAGUCAGGCACCAAGAACCUGCGCAUCCAGUGUGAGGGCGGCAGCUUCUCCUUGCAGAGCGACCCCCGCAGCAGCCAGCCCGUGCCCCGCUUCGACUGCGUGCUCAAGCUGGUGCAUCACUACAUGCCGCCCGUGCCCGAGCAGCCGGGGGGGGCCCUGCACCCCAAGCGCACCUACUACAUCUACUCGGGUGGCGAGAAGAUCCCUCUGGUGCUGAGCCGCCCGCUCUCCUCCAGCGUCUCCACCCUUCAGCACCUCUGCCGCAAGACUGUCAAUGGGCACCUGGACUCCUACGAGAAGAUGACUCAGCUGCCGGCUCCCAUCAAGGAGUUCCUGGACCAGUACGAUGCCCCCCUCUAAGGGGCCGGCGGAGCAAGAUCACACGCUACAAGCACAAGAGUGGGGGACAGGCACAACGCCUCAUGGGACACGGCAAGCCUCUCCCUCUGGGGAGGUAAGGAGGGACUGGGGUGAGCCUUGGUGCUGGGGGACACCCCCCCCCCGAGGAAGUGCGACACCCCCUCUCCGUGGGGAAGGAGACUGCUCCGGUCAGAGUGUGGAUGUUACAGUGUGUCCAGCAUGGAGGCUGACUCCGUUGGCAAAGCCCCCACGGACUUGGGCAGCCAGGACAGCACCUGUGGCAUGGAGGGACGGGUGUCCCACCAGCCACAUCCCCACUGCCACAGCGGGACCAUGCCUGGGGUGUCCUGUCAAGAGCUCCCCUCUGCCACCAAAGCAGGGAACGCACUGGAUCCUGCGAGUGCCUCAUUGCUUUUCCUCGGUUUUAAGGGGAAAGUGUUUUUUGCCCAUACUGUACUUUACCUCCUGCUGCCUCCUCGUGAGUGGAAGCUCCUUUCACACCAGGCCCCAGACUUGGAGGUCGCUGCCUUUUUUCCCCUCGUUGCCAUUUUCCAGGGCACUAAGCCUUAAUAUUCUCCCUGCCCCAUGGGUUACUGCACAUCAGUUGGUGAUGCUGUGAGAUAACGGUCCUGGUGAUGUGCC